CGUGGUCGGCAGGGGUCCGGGACCAGGCCUCCGCUGGGGGUCCAGGCAGACAGGCCGGCGCGAGGGACGGCGAUAAGAUGCACAGAACCUAUCAGCCCCUGAAGCCCUGUACCAAUAAGUACCUGCAGAAGAAGUGGGACCAGGAGAGCUACGAGCAGCACAGGAGCAAGGUAAGGGAGGCCAGAGCCGCGGUGGACACCGAAGGAGCUCCGACCCCAGUCCAAGUGCAGCUGAAGCUGAAAAAGCGCCAGCUGGAGGAGGAGAGGCUGGCCGUCAUCGAGAGGGACAAUCGGAUCUUGUCCACCAAGCUGUCGCACAUCGCCUGCUCCAACGGGCUCGUCGAUCACAGGAACCACUACCCCCAGCGAAGCUUGAACGGAGCCAAGAGGAGAGAGGAGUUUCUGCUGGUGACCCAGGAGAACCAGGCCAUCCUGCGGCGCAUCAAGGCUCGCGAGUCCGAAUACCGACGGCAGCUCUGGGAGGAGCACUGUGAGCGUGCGGAGUGCUGGCGGGACGCCAUCGCUCGGUACCCGCGUGGCAUCGCCCAACAGAGACCCAGGAGGACCGUGAGGUUUGUGGACUCGGAGCCCAAGGACAGCGGACAGUACUCAGGGAGCGGCGCUCGAGACGACGACUCCGCUCGGCGUCCAGCUGAAGAUGCAAAUGGCGAAACGCGGCACCGGGUCAGAGCAGGGAAACCCCGCCUCCCCCCGCUGAAGGGUGCAGUCAAGUAA